UUCCCAUUGGGCGGCGCGGGGCCGCCCCCGCUCGGGCCGCAAAGGCCCGGGAGCGCCCUCCACGGCGGCCGGCAAGCGGGCGGGGGGAACCGCGGGUUCGAGCCCCGCCCCCGGCGGGUGGGACGAGCGGGGAAGGAGGGGGCCCGGCCGGUGCCUCCCCCCGCGGGUCCCCUCGCCCGCCGGGCUCGGCGGGGACCCUUCUUCCCAGAGAGAACGGUGGCGAGGAAGCGGUGCGGCCUGGCAGCCCGCCUGCCUCCUGCCCGCCCCAAAGCUGCUCCGCAGCUGCCGCGUUAGCCAGCCCCCGCUCGGCUGACCCGGCACCGCAAAACCAGCCCGGUGCGGGAUUCCCCGCGCUCACUGCGGUGGAGAUCGUGUCCCGGACGUUUUAAAGAUGCGGCUUUAAAAUGACAGCUCGCUCAGGGGGGGCGGCGGCAGGGAGGGAAGGAGCUGGCGGCUGGGAUGCCGGGACGGGAAUGGAUGGAGAGAUGAGGGUGAAACCUUGGGAGGCAGGAAAAUGCGAUGAAGACCUCGGGGCGGAGGAGGAAGCCCAGAGUAUGCCUGUCUUCUUCAGGCUUGCACGCACUAAAAGCCUAAAGACCUGCAUGUAAAGGAGCGCUAUUCCCCAAUGCCGACUUUCCACGCCCUGUGGGAUGGUUGUUACACACACCCACUCAGCCAGGCUCUUUUUCUUUCUUUCUUUUUUUCUUUCUUUUUUUCUUCCCUAAAAGCCCCGAUCACGCUCGGUCUUUGCAGCUUUCCCGGGUGGCGGUGCACAGGCCGGCAGGGCGGGGAGGGGGGAGGCUGUGAGCAGCCUGACAGCUCUUUCCCUCCCUCCUCAUCCUCAUCCCCGCCGGCGCCCGCGGCCUUGGGGUGGAAGCGGCCGCCGGCAGCAGGGGAGGAAGGGCGAGCAACAACAACAGCUCGGAGCUCACUUCGCGGGCAAGCGGUGCCGCUCCCCGGGUCCCCGCGGGCUGCUUUCUUCCCAACAAGCCCUGCCGUGAUUUGGCAGCCGCUCGGCCUCCCCACCUACCUCUCCGCCCUGCAUUGGCUGCGUGUCCCCGGGCGGGGACAGCGGCCUCCGCCCGAGCCAGCCGGGAGCGGCGGGCGGCCGGGCGCUGCCUUCCCCGGGAGGGAUGAAGCUCUCCUGGCUGGGCGUCGAUGUCUCCCGGGUGCUGCACUUGGCUGCCGUUUUCUGCCUGACCUGCGUGCUGCUGAAGGCCAUCCAGCUGUACCACCGGCGGCGGGAGCUGCUCAGGGCGCUGGCCGACUUCCCCGGCCACCCGACCCACUGGCUCUUCGGCCACGUCCACGAGUUUCUCAAGGAGGAAGAGGUGCUGGACAAGGUGGAGAUCUGGGCACAGAAAUACUUACAUGCUCACCCUGUCUGGUUCGGGAGUUUCUUAGCAUUCCUGGUUGUCACUGAUCCUGACUAUGCCAAGGCUCUGUUGGCCAGAGGAGAUCCCAAGGAUAACAUCAGCUAUAAACACCUUGUCCCCUGGAUCGGGAAUGGGUUGCUGAUCUUACAUGGACCAAAAUGGCACCAACAUCGAAAACUCCUGACUCCAGGGUUUCAUUACGACAUCUUGAAACCGUACGUGGCUCUGAUGGCAGAGUCUACUAACGUGAUGCUGGAUAAAUGGGAGCAGUUGAUCACAGACGGGAAACCGGUGGAGCUCUUUGAGCACAUCAGCUUGAUGACUCUUGAUAACAUAAUGAAAUGUGCCUUCAGUUGUCACAGCAACUGCCAGACCAACAGGAGAAACACCUACAUCCAGGCUGUCUACAACCUGUGCCACAUGGUGCACCAGCGCCUCCGCAUCUUCCCCUACCACAAUGACAUCAUUUACUGGCUCAGUCCCCACGGAUAUCAGUUCAGGAAGGUCUGCCAGCUCGCUCACGACCACACAGAUAAGGUAAUACAGGAGCGAAAGGAGUCCCUUAAAGAUGAACAGGAAUUUGAAAAGAUCCAGAAGAAGAGACAUUUGGACUUCUUGGACAUUCUGCUGUGUGCCAAAGAUGAGAACGGAGCUGGACUGUCCGAUGAGGACCUGCGUGCUGAGGUGGACACGUUCAUGUUUGAGGGCCACGAUACGACAGCCAGCGGGAUCUCCUGGCUCUUGUACUGCCUGGCAUCACACCCCGAGCAUCAGGCACGGUGCCGGGAGGAAAUCCAGGGGAUCCUGGGACACCGGGAGACACUUCAGUGGGAGGACCUGGGCAAGAUGACUUACAGCACCAUGUGCAUCAGGGAGAGCCUUCGCCUUUACCCACCAGUGCCCGGCGUAUCCCGGCAGCUCAGCAAACCCAUCACCUUCCCCGAUGGACGCACCUUGCCAGAAGGCAGCAUCGCUGCGAUAAGCAUUUAUCUCAUUCACAGAAACCCUGCAGUAUGGAAAGACCCUUUGGUGUUUGACCCUUUGCGGUUUUCACCGGAGAACAUCUCUGGCAGACACUCUCACGCCUUUCUGCCUUUUUCUGCUGGAAUGAGGAACUGCAUCGGGCAGCAGUUCGCCAUGAACGAGAUGAAGGUGGCACUGGCCUUGACUCUGCUCCGCUUUGAGCUCUCGCCUGACCCUGCCAAGCCUCCCUGCAAAAUACCUCAGAUCAUCCUUCGCUCCAAGAAUGGGAUUCACCUGUAUCUAAAAAAAAUCCACUGAUGCUGGAAAACAUCCUGCCUUCGCCAGAUGGAGGGACCAAGCAGAUGACAGAACAAUGUUUCUCUGGGGAAAAAGGUGCAGGGCAGGAUUUGAGGAUAAGAAUUCCUGAUUUCUGUGCUUCUUCCACUAACUGAAAGCCCUUUUUGGCCUGGGCCUGGGUAGUCUAGACAGCACUGCACAGACCCACUGCCAUCUGCUCCGUGAGCACCGAUCUCAGAGCAGCCAGGCAUGGCCAUGCCUAUUUGCUGACUGUCCCCUUGCUCUGCCGUAAGGGCUGGCCUGGCCUGGGAACACCUGCAGGUCCCACCAGCUUCCUUCUUACUAAAUCCUGCCUUUGCACACAAGUUCUGGCCGAGACCGUGACCAUUGCCAGUCCUGUUCUGUUAUCAUCACCUUCCUCAGUGCCUAGAGGUCAGCCCUCCUCUCCCGCAGCAGGGUCAGCCCGUGGCAGACCUCUGUCUUUCUUCUCACACUCAGUGUGUCUCUGUUUAGUUGUAAGCACUGAUUCCAGUUUGGGCUCUGAAAUUCUGCCUAAACUGCAAAAUAUUCUGUAAUUUUUGUGUCAGUAAACCAAUAAUUAUUCCUGUAA